AUGACGCUUGGCUCAGGAGGAUCAAGUGUUGUGGUCCCUCGAAAUUUCAGGUUGCUGGAGGAACUUGAACGUGGAGAAAAGGGUAUUGGAGAUGGCACUGUGAGCUAUGGAAUGGAUGAUGGAGAUGACAUUUACAUGCGUUCUUGGACUGGAACCAUUAUUGGUCCGCAUAAUUCCGUGCAUGAAGGUCGCAUUUAUCAGUUGAAGCUAUUCUGUGACAAAGAUUACCCAGAGAAGCCACCAAGUGUUCGUUUCCAUUCACGGAUCAACAUGACUUGCGUCAACCAUGAAACUGGAGUGGUGGAACCAAAAAAGUUUGGACUUCUGUCAAAUUGGCAGCGAGAAUACACCAUGGAAGACAUACUGACACAGCUGAAAAAAGAAAUGGCAGCCCCACAAAACCGUAAGUUGGUCCAGCCUCCUGAAGGUACCUAUUUCUAG